AUGUUCUCCCGAUCAACCUCCCACGCCUUGCGCAGGGCAAUCUGCCCUCGCGCGCUCUCUAGAACGACAUCACCAUGCUUCCGCCGAACGAUCCACACUGAACUCAAGAGGCAGAAUAGUCUCCCUGCUGCCUACUACCGCGGUGGAACCUCCCGGGCCAUCAUGCUGCAAGCCAAGGAUCUACCCCAGAACCGUGAAUCCUGGGGUCCCAUCUUCCUCGGGUGCAUUGGUAGUCCUGAUCCAUAUGGGCGACAGCUGGAUGGACUUGGCGGAGGUGUUUCUAGCUUGUCCAAGGUCUGCGUCGUGGGGAAAAGUGAGAGACCCGAUGCAGAUGUUGACUAUACAUUUGUAUCAUUGGGCAUCAAGAACACGGAUGUUGACUACUCAAGCAACUGCGGUAACAUGUCGGCUGCCGUCGGCCCAUAUUCUAUCGACAGCGGGCUUGUGUCUCCGACCGUCGACAAGGAUAUGAAGACUACAGUCCGGGUGCACAACACCAACACGGGCAAAAUCAUUCAAGAGAUCUUUCCAGUCGUCGAUGGUGAAGCCGCCGCCAACGGUGACUUUGCCAUUGACGGUGUUGCUGGGACAGGCGCCCGCGUGGAGCUCAAGUUCCUCGAUCCGGCUGGAUCGCGGACAGGGAAGCUAUUCCCAACAGGGGCAAAGUCAGAGAUGAUUGAUGGAGCCCGCGCCACUUGCGUCGAUGCCGGUAAUCCAUGCUGCUUCGUCCCUGCUUCAGAGUUGGGCGUGAGCGGUUCCCUGUCGCCGCAAGACAUUGAUGCCGACAAAGCGUUGCUCAGACGGCUCGAGGAGAUGCGUCGCAAGGCUGGAGUGAAGAUGGGUCUCGCCGAGACAGAAGACUCGGUUCCCGGCAGCGUUCCCAAGAUCGGAAUUAUAUCAAAGCCUGAGGAUUCGCAGCCCAACACGGUCGUGGUGAGGGCAAUGUCAGUUGGCCAGCCCCACAAGGCCAUCCCUGUGACUGUCGCCCUCGCUGUCGCAGCAGCUGGCAACAUCCCUGGGACGACUGUGGCCGAGUGUCUUGCUGGUUCCCUUUCGAGCUCGGAGAUGACGAUCCGGCAUGCCAGCGGCACAUUAGACGUGGCCGCCGACAUUAGCCACGAGGGACAGCUGGAGUCUGCAACAGUCUUUCGGACGGCGAGGAGAUUGAUGGAGGGGCGAGUAUUCUGGAAGUAG